AUGGCGACCGAGGCGCCCGCGGCAAUUGCUCUGCCUGAAAAGUGGUCGGAGGACCUAAAGGAUGAGAACGGCCAGCCUAUGAGCAAGAGCGAGUACAAGAAGCGCGCCAAGGCUCUUGAAAAGGAGAAGGAGAAGGCCGAGAAGGCGGCCAAGAAGGCCGCCGACGCGGCCGCCAAGCCCGCCGCCCCCAAGAAGGCCGCCCUCCUGGACGACAGCGCGGAGGAGCUCGACCCCACCCUCUACUUUGAGAACCGCGUCAAGUUUGUGGAGGGCCGCAAGGCCAAGGGCGUCAACCCCUACCCCCACAAGUGGCCCGUGACGAGCAGCAUCCCAGAGUACGUGGCAAAGUUCAAGGAUUUGGAGGCCGGGGCGCAGCUGAAGGACGUCACGGUGUCGCUGGCGGGCCGCGUGUACACCAAGCGCGCGAGCGGCAGCAAGCUGCUGUUCUACGACCUCCGCGGCGAGGGCGCCAAGGUCCAGGUCAUGGCGGACGCGCGCAACAGCGACAAGGACGAGGACGGCUUCCUCGUGCUGCACAACGAGGCGAAGCGCGGCGACAUCAUCGGCGUGGAGGGGUACCCCGGGAAGAGCCAGAAGGGGGAGCUGAGCAUCUUCCCGGUGAAGUUCGCGGUGCUGGCGCCGUGCCUGCACAUGCCGCCGGGGCGGUCGGGGCUGACGAACCAGGAGACGCGCUACCGCCAGCGCUACCUGGACCUCAUGAGCAACCCGCCCAUCAGGGACAUCUUCUACACGCGCGCCAAGAUCAUCCAGUUUGUGCGCCGCUUCCUCGACAACAGGGGCUUCCUUGAGGUUGAGACGCCCAUGAUGAACAUGAUCCCGGGCGGCGCCGCUGCGCGGCCGUUUGUGACGCACCACAACGACCUCGACAUGCGGCUGUUCAUGCGCAUCGCCCCCGAGCUGUACCUUAAGAUGCUGGUGGUGGGCGGCCUGGAGCGCGUCUACGAGAUCGGGCGGCAGUUCAGGAACGAGGGCAUCGACCUCACCCACAACCCCGAGUUCACCACCUGCGAGUUCUACCAGGCCUACGCAGACUACAACGACCUGCUG